AUAAACAGACAACAAAAUGGCCGGUAGGUUCGCUCUUGUUCUGGGUUUUGCUGUGUUUUUGUUUCUUCAAUACUCCGCCGCUCAGACCGUUCAUACCGUCGGUGACUCCGCUGGCUGGAGAAUCCCUCCAAACGGUGCCGCUUUCUAUGUCAACUGGGCUGCUGGAAAAACUUUCCGUGUCGGUGAUUCUCUCGUAUUCAAUUUCACGUCGGGUUUGGACGAAGUGACGAGAGUUUCGAAGAGGUCGUUUGAUUUGUGCAGUGACGACGAUGAAAUUGGAGAUUCCAUUGAAACAGGGCCUGCAACUAUUCCUUUAUUAUCACCAGGGGAGUAUUAUUUCAUUAGCUCUGAGGAUAGGCACUGCGAACAAGGUCAAAAAUUAGCCAUCAAUGUCACCGCCGCCCCUGGAGCUCCAACGCCGCCGUCUUCCAACGCUCCUCCAGCAACCCCAGGACGAGCUCCAGUGACCCAUGUCGUCGGAGGCGCCGCUGGCUGGACCGUUCCUCAAGGCGGUGCCAUGUUCUACGUCAACUGGGCUGCCGGAAAAACAUUCGUUGUGGGCGAUUCUCUAUUGUUCAAUUUUACAACCAACGACGAUGUAGUUAGAGUAUCGAAGAGAUCGUUCGAUUUAUGUAGCGACGAUGAUGAGAUCGGCGAUGACAUCGACAAUGGGCCAGCGACUAUCCUACUGUCAACUCCCGGCGAGUAUUACUUCAUAAGCAACGAGGAUAGGCACUGCCAGCAAGGUCAGAAGUUAGCAAUCAACGUCUCAGCCGCCGCUGGACCAAUGGCUCCUCCUUCUUCAAAUCCUCCACCCUCCAACGCUCGUCCACCAACCCCACGCCCUGCCCCAGUCACCCAUAUCGUCGGAGACGCCGUAGGCUGGACCACUCCACCAGGCGGAGCCGCUUUCUAUGUCAACUGGGCUGCCGGCAAGACAUUCGCCGUUGGUGAUUCUCUAGUGUUCAACUUCCAGACCGAUGUGCACGAUGUGGAAAGAGUACCGAAAAGAUCCUUCGAUAUAUGCAGUGACGACGACGACAUCGGCGACUCCAUUGAAUCUGGCCCUGCAACCAUCGUUCUCAGAGACGCCGGCGAGCAUUACUACAUUAGUACCGAGAACCAAGAUUGUCAACUCGGCCAAAAACUAGCAAUCAAUGUAACUGCCACCAGACCCAACACUCCUGUAACAUCCAUUUCAACACCCCCAACCUCCGGUCCAACUCCUGGCAGUUCACCAUCUAGCCCCGGCGGCACCGGACCACCGAACUCCUCCGCCAACACCGUCGCUGCCGCUCUCUCCGCCACACUCUUUGGCCUUGUUUUGAGCUUCUUCUAGAUACGUUUUAUUUAGAGUGGUUCUUUUUGUUUUAUUAAAUUAUGUUUCUUUUUUCUUUUUUGGUGCUUUUUUGUUGUUAUUAUUUGAGUGGUGAACUGUGGCAUUGCCCGUCACAGUCAUAGUUGUGUUCGUGUUGUACUUUGUCAUUUCAUUAUUUUUAUACAUACUUAUAAAUAAAUAAAUAGUUUAAAAUUCAGAUUUUUUCCCCA